AAAAGAUGUUCUCAGCCUCUGAAAAGGGUUUCUUUGCGCUGUAAGGAGCUCUAGAUAGUUAUCCAGAGUCGGUUGCAACUGUUUGGACCUCUGUUGCGGCAUGUAGGUCUAAAUAAAUGGAAAUGAGUUAGGUUGAAGAGGCUUGUUGUAAAGAGAAGAAUUGCCUUCGGCCAGAUUUGAAGGAAAAGGGAACGCUAGAAUCGCCACGUCAGAGCAAUGGAAGAAACCUACCUCCUUAAUGUGGAAGGAGUCAAGAAAAAGAUUUUGCAUGGAGGUUACGGGGAACUGCCUCACUUUCAGGAUGGGAGCAAGAUCACCUUCCACUUCCAGACCCUGAAAGAUGAUUUUGAGCGGACAGUGAUUGAUGACAGCCGGAGUAGUGGGGUUCCCAUGGAGAUCAUUGUGGGGAAGAUGUUCAAAAUCGAAGUGUGGGAGACGUUACUGACCUCCAUGCGGAUCAACGAGGUGGCGGAGUUCUGGUGUGAUGCUGUACACACAGGAAUGUAUGCCUUGGUCUCCAAAGGCUUGAGGCAAAUUGCUGCGGGCAAAGAGCCCCUUCACGGACAGAAUCACCAAUGUGGAAUGGGCAACAUGUUUGACUAUCACAGCACAGGCUACGAAGACCUGGAUGAACUACAGAAGACACCUCAGCCCCUCAUCUUCAUCAUGGAGCUAUUCAAAGUGGAGGACCCUUCUUCCUACAGAAGAGACACAUGGGCUAUGAAUAAUGAUGAGAAGCUGGCUGCUGUGCCAAAAUUACACACUGAGGGCAACCGGCUGGUCUUGUGCAGGAAAUUCAAGGAAGCAGCAGAGAAAUAUCAGGAAGCUGUCAUCUGUUUGCGCAAUCUUCAGGUUAAGGAGAAGCCAUGGGAGGAGGAAUGGCUGAAGCUAGAGAACCUCAUCACUCCUCUUGUCUUGAAUUAUUGCCAGUGCCUGCUAGAGCUGGGGGAAUACUACGAAGUGUUGGAACACACCACAGAAAUCCUCCAGAAGCACAGCGGAAAUGUGAAGGCAUAUUUCAAGCGGGCAAAAGCUCACGCUGCUGUUUGGAACGAGAAGGAAGCCCGAGCAGAUUUCUUGAAAGCGGCCCAGCUGGAUCCCUCGCUGGCGGCCGCAGUGAGGAAAGAAUUAAAGAUCCUGGGAGAGAGGAUGAGAUCGAAACAUGUGGAGGAUCGCAAGAGAUACCGAGAUCUGUUCCAGCAGCCUGUCUUAAAAGGGGCAAGUGAGGGAUCUGAAGAAACUUCGGUGGAGCAAGAAGAGCAGGCUGGCUAUGGCCUCGCAGCAGAAAAGAAGCAAAACAACCCAGAAGCUACGAAGCAGGAGAGAGAAUUUGGGGCGAAAAACAGUGGAACAAAUGAGGGAAAGGUAGUUGAAGAAGAGAAAGGGUUCUGGGUAAAGGCUGAAGAACAAAAGAAAGAGGACUUGGUCCCUCAGAAAAAAAUGGAGGAAACAGCAACUGCAAAACAAAGAGAAACACAAGAUGAUCAGGAGGAAAGACAAUUAUUUCCCAAUUCUGGAAACUGCAUGGUAGAAGGUUCUGAGGAUGAACAACAAUUAGGCCCAGGGUUACAGGAGGCAGAAGUAGAGGUUGAAGCUGCAGAGAUGACUUCUGAGGUCUGGGAUAAAAAUGGAGAAAUAGAUUCGACAAUACUGACAGGAAAGCAAGACCUCAGAGCUAUCCUUAGUAACUCUGAUGGGAUGGCAGUAAAGCCCAUGAAUGUCAUAGAAGAAGGAUCCAGAGAAGGACACUGUGAGACUGAAGUGAAGAUUGGGCUGGAUAUGUUCACUGAAAAGGGAGAAUAUGAAGGAAGCUGUGAGAGCAGAGAAACUGAAGCCCACAAUCAUCACUGGAAACAGGCCAACGUAGAUGUUGGAUCAGAACAUGUCAAGGAAGGUACGAGAGUCAAGUGUUUUGAAGAGGAGGAUUGUUCUCAAGUCCAACAAGAAAAGUCCCAAAGAGGAAAAGAAGAGUCAGAUUGUUUCAGUUUGGUGGAAGAAGUAGCUUUGAGGGAGGAAAAAGGGGAGAUUGAUGACCAUUCCAAGCCAGAAAAGAAGUUAUGUAGACCUGAAGCAAACUGGUAUGAAGUCAGAGUGCCAUCCAUUGAAGAUAGUGGGAAAGUAGUCAUCACUUAUGGUGCAAGCGUAGAGACUAACAGGGAAGUGAGAGAUAACCAUGAAGAAAAAGCUGGAUGUGACAAGGAAGGAACCAACAUGGUGGGCAACUCUACAACACGGGAAAAGGUUGAAUGGGAUGAGUUAGGACUGGAAUAUUUUGAGGCCGAGUUAAUGCCCAGCACUGAAGCUACAAAUUCAAAGAUAGGGCCACGAGGAACAACGUCUGACACGGAGCAGGUGGGUUUGCAAGUCACAUGGGAAGAUCCUGAAAAAAGAGAAGGAACUGAACAAAUCUGAGGAGAAGAACGUCUUUGGGGAUGGUUUCAGAUGUCAGGAAUGCAUCAUUUCCAUGUACUGCACAGAAGAUGAAAGACAAGUGUUUAUUCAGGAGAGAUGGCUGGGUUGGAAACGGCAGUUCAAAAGGAUGGUUCUAUCCCAGGUCAGACUGUCUUGAUGCAGGAGGAAACUGGUUUCCAAGAAGGAAAAUAGUCUGAAAGUGACAGUAUGAGAGAGCCAGUUAACCAGCUUAUCUUUGGAAAGAGGGCCAACAUGAAGAUCUCAUCUCCUUUGCUGAAGGAGCCAACUCGACUUCCUGAGAACAGAUAUCCCAAUUCUAAGAUCUCACAAUCCCAACAAGUCACUUAGAAGAUCUUUCUUCUCUAUUUCAUUGCCUCUAAACCCAAGAGAACAUACCAUGACCCCUUGCUGGCCUUCCUUGGUCUGGCAGUGUUUUUGUGAAAUUAAAUAUUGAGUGACCUUUAACGUCGUAAAUCUGGUGGUGUUGUUUUCCAUUAGUAAAGAUGAAAUUGCGAUUGCUAAAACCCAACAAGCUUUACAAUAAAAGUGCGUAAUGUAUGUUGGACUCGGUGGGGCUACUCUGACCUUUGAGCGCUGUAUUAUCCAAAAUAGUAAGUGCAGGCUAGGGUAAAAAAACUAGAUUGGUUUAAUCACAUUUUCAUCAGAUUAAAUGAAUUAUUUG